AUGAAGCUUGUCGCCAUCCUUUCCGGAGUUGUUUCAUUGGCCGCGACGGUCUUGGCCUACUCGAACCCUCUCCCAUGCAGUGGUACUUGUGGUAACGCUCAUGACCCUUCUCUUAUUCGCCGUACCUCUGACGGCACUUACUUCCGUUUCUCUACUGGAGGUGGUAUUGCCAUUCACACUGCUUCCAGUGCCCAGGGUCCUUGGGUGUACAAGGGUCAAGUACUCCCCAAUGGCGCAAAUGUAGCCAACUCUGGAAAGACCGAUCUGUGGGCACCUGAUGUGUCCCUGGUUGGCAACACUUACUAUCUCUACUAUACUGCAAGCGCUUUUGGCACUCAGAACUCUGUCAUUGGUCUCGCAACUUCCUCUUCUAUGGACGUCGGCACCUGGUCCGACAAAGGCUCCACUGGCAUCUCCUCCGACAGCAGCAAGUCUUACAACGCCAUCGAUGCCAACCUUGUCAAGGUCGGAAACCAAUAUCUGAUGAACUUUGGCUCCUUCUGGCACGAUAUCUACCAAGUUGAGAUGAACACCACUCCCAACACAGUCAACUCAAAGGCUGGUGGAGCCUACAACACCAUCUUCAAGCCCGCCGGCACACACGACAUCGAAGGCUCAUACAUGAUCAACUACAACGGCGCUUACUACAUGUUCUUCAGUGAAGGCAUCUGCUGCAAUCUGGACAAGAACCGCCCUGCCGCUGGCCAAGAGUAUAAGAUCAAGGUCUGCAGAUCCAACUCUGCUACUGGUGGCUUCGUGGAUCAGACUGGCAAGAGCUGUACCAACGGUGGUGGUACUCUUGUGUUGCCUUCGCAUGGAAACAUUUACGCUCCGGGUGGUCAAGGUGUUUACAACGAUCCUGUGAUGGGCUGGAUCUUGUACUACCACUAUGUUGAUACCAACAUUGGUUAUGCGGAUGGCCAGAAGCUGUUUGGUGUCAAUAAGAUCAAGUGGGUCAAUGGAUGGCCUACUGUUUAA